CUGCCCGGCCGUGCCGCCGGCCUGCGAGGGGGCGGCGCAGCGCGGGCCGAGAAAAUGGCGGCGGCGUCGCCGGGUCGUUCCGUCGGGGCUGGGAGUCGGCGCCCGCGGCGCUGGCAGUUCGCAGAAACCCUCACAACGAAAUACCGAAGUUCCUACUUUAAAGCACUGAUUUUAUUCGGGUUCUUUUAAACCUGCCCCAGGGAGAGGUUGGGGUGCUCUGCGUUGUUCAGGAGGGGCGUAGAAACACGUGCGGCCUGUGUUGGGUGGUUAAUUUUGCGUUUUGAGUACGAGCUACUAGUGCUUCAAAUCAGCCUUUUUGAAGGAAGCACUUUUUUUUUUCUUCAUGUUGUGAUGUGAAUUUCGACUGGUAAAAAUACCUCUCCGUCAGAAUAAGGAGGUGAAAAUAAGCGCUAUGGAAAGAAUCUAAAAUGGAGGUUUCUAUUUCAUUAUUCAAGUUUUGUGGUAGCUUUCCUUAUUCUUAAUGAAAGUCCUUAAGGUUUUGAAGGAGAGAGCGUGUCUGGUAAAUGAGUAGAUGAACAACCCUUGGAUUUUCAGUAACUUUUGAGCUAUUAAUGCAUUAACAACAUUUAAAAAAGCACCACCUUUUGCAUACGCAAAACUACAGACAAAUGAGAUAUUUGUAACGUCAAUGGAAGGAAAGAACAUUCCAGCUGGUGUCUUCCCUACUGCACCUAUUGAGAAACAGAAUCAUGCUGCAAGAAUUAUACAGAGGUGCUGGAAAAGCUGUAUUAGAAUGCAGCAUUGGGAGCCCCCAGAGUAAUACUGAAGAAUAUUCUGUGAUCUUGAAAAAUACAUGUAGGACUGAGGAUAUGCGUAUAUUUCAAUACUACAAAGAACUAAUCAGCUUUAAAGGAGCGGGGGAUCCUCGUCUUCUGAUGAAGUGUAUUGACCCUCGGGAGGCAGAGUUGCUAGAUGUUGCAGCAGGUGCUUUCAUCAAAUUCAGACUAGGUGGUGCUAAUUUUCCUCCAAAUAUUUAUUAUAAAAUAUUCACUCAUAGACCUAUUGUGGACAUGUGUGCCAACAGCCCUAAAGACUAUACAAAACCAAACCCCAAGCAGCUGCUGCAAGAAAGGAUUCUUGGAAAGAUCUGGAAGGAUGAUGGCAGCGGCUGGUACAAGCGUAUAGAGAACAAUGGUUGGAGACUUCUUUCCAUCAGAUUUUGGAGGACUAUAGAUCCUGUAACAGAUGAGGUAAACAAAAAGACAGAGGAGUUUCAUUACUCUAAGAUGAAGAGGAAACAAGAAAUUGAGAAAAAGCGAAAAAAGAGAAAAAUUGAAUGGAUGAAAAAAAUGUAUUAUGCAGGAAGUUUGUGGGUCACAACAGAAGAUCCUACUGCUACAAUCUUAAUUCAAAGGGCUGCAGAAGGCAUAGUUGACACUGUUGAGAAAGAAGGAUCAAACAAUGUAAUGGACUGGGAAGUGGAUGAAAUACUGAGAUGGACAAAUGCACUCAACUAUGAGGAGUAUAUAAGCCAGUGGAAUAAAACUGCAACAAGCAACUCUUCAGCUAACUGCCAAGGCUUCCAUUUUGUUAAAUCGCAACAUGAUAUAUAUGAAUUGUCCCAGAUUCCGCACCAUAACUUAAAACAAACAGCAAGUCCUAGUCCCUUACCUAAAAGAGGAGUGGAUUUCACAUCAAGAUCAAAUGUAACACCGGCAAAUACACCUUGUCUUUGAGGAAGAAAUUUCUCCAAUGGAUACAAAUUUUAAAUGUGUGAAAUUUGUAUGGAGCACUUCUGGAUAAAGUUUCCAAAGCCAUCAUUCUCUCUGCAGUAGCUACAGAGACCUGAGCAACACCUGCAACUAAAUGCUUUGUCCUCUUUGAAUAAAAAUCUGUCUCUACAGGAAA